GAGCGCUUGCCAGAGUGGCGAGCAUCGGGCGCGUUAGCAGAGUCUCAUCAGUGAGAUCUUCCUGAAGCAGAAUCGCUCGCGUGAGGUCCGCGCGCGUCAUGGCGGGAGCGCAGCCGGGGGUUCACGCGCUUCAGCUCAAACGCGUGUCCGUGCCCGAGAAGCUCAGGAAUGGGGACAAGUUCAUGAAGUGGGACGAGGACUGCACCACAGUUACGCCGGUGACGCUACGGGUCGACCCUCAGGGCUUCUACCUUUACUGGACUGAUCAGAAUAAGGAGACCGAGCUGUUGGAAGUCUCCGUCAUCAAGGAUACGAGAAAUGGGAGAUUUGCCAAGAUGCCAAAGGACCCUAAGCUGCGGGAGCUGCUGGACGUGGGGACUCUGGAGGGGAAGAUGGAGGACCGGACGCUCACGGUGGUCAGCGGUCAGGACAUGGUCACCAUCUCCUACUACAACUUCGUGGCCUUUCAUGAGGAGGUUGCCAAGGAGUGGACCGAGCAGCUCUUCAGCCUCGCCUCAAACCUGCUGGCGCAGAACAUGUGCAGAGAGUCCUGUCUGGAGAAGAUAUACACCAAACUGACGCUACAGUCGGCGGCCGACGGCGGGAUUUCUGUCAAAAACAUCACUCGCAUGAUCCCUGCCGACAAACGGCGAGUGGAGAACGCUCUGGAGAUCUGCGGCCUGCCGACACAACGCAGUGAGUCCAUUCCUCCGGACAGGUUCACAGUGGACGUGUUUCGACAGCUGCUGAACAACAUCUGUCCACGCAACGACAUCGACACCAUCUUCUCAGAGAUUGGUGCUAAGAUCCGUCCGUACCUCACCGUGGACCAGAUGACAGAUUUCCUCAACCACAAACAGAGAGACCCGCGCCUGAACGAGAUCCUGUACCCGCCACUCAAAGCCGAGCAAGUGCAGGGAUUGGUGGAGAAGUACGAGCCGGACGCCAUGUUUUCUCAGAGAGGGCAGAUCUCGGUGGAGGGAUUCGCCAGAUAUCUGAGUGGAGAAGAGAACAGUAUCAUCCCUCCAGAGAAGCUGGACAAGAGUGAAGACAUGACGCUGCCGCUCUCACAUUACUUCAUCAACUCCUCACACAACACCUACCUCACAGCGGGUCAGCUGGCGGGAAACUCCUCCGUGGAGAUGUAUCGGCAGGUCCUGCUGUCCGGCUGCCGGUGUGUGGAGCUCGACUGCUGGAAGGGUCGGACCGACGAGGAGCCGCUCAUCACACACGGCUUCACCAUGACCUCCGAGAUCUCCUUCAAGGAGGUGAUUGAGGCCAUAGCGGAGAGUGCCUUCAAGACGUCGCCGUUCCCCGUCAUCCUGUCCUUCGAGAACCACGUGGACUCUCCCAAACAGCAGGCGAAGAUGGCAGAGUAUUGUAGAUCAAUAUUUGGGGAUGCAUUACUGACAGACCAACUGGAGAAAUACCCUCUGGAGGCCGGUGUCCCUCUGCCGAGUCCGCUGGACCUGAUGGGGAAAAUCCUCAUCAAAAACAAGAAGAACUCCCACAAAACUGACGGCAGCGGCAAGAAGAAACUGACCGAGCAAACGUCCAGCGCCUGCAGCGACACGUCCAGUGUGUGUGAGCCCUCGUCUCCCAGCGCAGGCUCGACACACACGGAGACAGAGGCACAUGCAGACGGGACAGAGAGAGGAGACAGGAGAGUCCCGGGAAUCAAGUCCAGCGGCUCCGUAUCACACAACACAGGUGAAGCGGACGCAGACAGCGACGUGGAGGAUGAGAACGGUUACGGAAAGAAGUCCAUUGAUGAGGGGAUGGCAGUAAAUGAAGCGUUUGCCACAGAGGAGAUGUCCAACUUAGUCAACUACGUUCAGCCUGUUAAAUUCCACUCCUUCGAGGCGUGCAAAAAAACUGAUCGAAGCUACGAAAUGUCGUCGUUUGUGGAAACUAAAGCGCUGGAGCUGCUCAAGGAAUCACCGGUGGAGUUCGUCGAGUAUAAUAAACUACAGCUGAGCAGAAUUUAUCCCAAAGGAACACGAGUCGACUCCUCGAACUACAUGCCUCAAGUCUUCUGGAACGCCGGCUGUCAGCUCGUGGCUCUGAACUUCCAGACCAUCGAUCUUCCCAUGCAGCUGAAUCUGGGAAUUUUCGAGUACAAUGGGAAAUGUGGCUACCGACUGAAGCCGGAGUUCAUGAGACGGACGGAUAAGCAGUUUGACCCGUUCACACAGAGUACAGUCGACGGGAUCGUAGCACACACACUGUCUGUGAAGAUCAUCUCGGCUCAGUUCCUGUCCGAUAAGAGAGUCGGUGUUUACGUGGAGGUGGAAAUGUACGGCCUGCCGGUGGACACCAAGCGGAAAGCGUUCAAGACCAAGACGUCCCAAAGCAACGCCGUCAACCCAGUGUGGGACGAAGAGCCGAUGGUCUUCAAAAGAGUGGUUCUUCCCACACUCGCGUCACUGAGAAUAGCCGUGUACGAAGACAACGGCAGAUGCAUCGGCCAUCGCAUCAUCCCGGUGUGUGCCAUCCGACCUGGAUAUCAUUACAUCAGUCUGAGGAACGAGAAGAACCAAGCGCUGACGCUGUCGUCUGUGUUCGUCUACACCGAGGUCAAGGAUUACGUCCCAGACACCUUCGCAGAUGUGAUCGAGGCUCUGUCCAAUCCCAUCCUGUAUGUCAGUCUGAUGGAGCAGAGAGCCAAUCAGCUGGCGGCUCUGACCCAGGAGGAGGAGCAGGCCGACGGAGAGCAGGUGAAUGGAGGAGGUGAUCUGGUGUCAGAGGUCAUGAGUGACCCGAACCCGGCGGCGGCACCAGAAAACGGGCUGAACCAUCCCAGCGUCUCACCCAAACCCUCCGUGGUCAGUCAGCAGACUCCGUCCUCAGGGUCGCUCAAACCCGCUGUGAGGCCUGAGGACGUCGUUCAGAGUGUUUUAACAGAGGUGGACGCUCAGACUGUAGAUGAACUGAAACAGCUGAAAGGUUAUUCGAGAGAAAAGAAGAGGCAGUACAAGGAAUUAAAGGAGGUCAUGAAGAAACACAACAAGAAAACCAAUGACUUGAUCAACGAACACGCAUCGAAACAGAAGCAUCUGCUGAGCGAGUUCCUGCGGCGCAGGUCCACCCUGCAGAAGAGGUCAGUUGGGAGCGUCUCCCAUCAGGAUCCAGAUCUGAUGGCGAUGGAGCAGGAGAGAGUUCAGAAACUCAGUGAACUGAAGGAUCAUCAGCAGCAGCAGCUCCUCACGCUGAGACAGGAGCAGUUCUACAGUGAGAAGUACCUCAAACGAGAACACGUCAGACUGCUGGUAGAGAAGCUGGUGACGGUGGCGGAGGAGUGUCAGAGUAACCAGCUGAAGAAACUCAAAGAUCUGUGUGAGAAAGAAAACAAAGAGUUGAAGAAACGGAUGGACAAGAGACGACAGGAGAAGUUUCAGGAGGCCAGAGCGCUGGAGAAAACUCUGACGGACGAGAGAAAGAUGGAGAUGAACAGAUCGCACGUGAAUGAGGUGGUGCAGUCCAUCAGACGGCUGGAAGACGCUCAGGUCAAACGCCUGGAGAGACUGCUGGAAAAACAUCAAGAUAUUCGACAGCAAAUCCUGGAUGACAAACCGAAGCUUCAGAUCGAGCUGGAUCAGGAAUAUCAGGACAAGUUCCGGAGGCUCCCGGUGGAAAUCCAGGAGUUCGUUCAGGAUUCUGCUGCCUGUAAAGCCCAGUCGAGGGACAGCGGAGGCGGUCUUCCCGUUUCCACGGAAACGCUCCGGUCGGAGUCGGGAUCUUCUGAGAAAGGGUUCGACACGACACUCUGAGCUUGAGUUUGUUCUUCGUACGCUGUUGAGUUUCCCUGGUUUAAUGUGCACCUUUAGUAUGACGACUGGAUGACCUACUUGAACAACAUAAAAAUAUAUUUCUUUUUUCUUACUUUUAAAACUUAGUUUUUACAAGAACUUGCUGCUUAUGUGGAUUUAAACAUGUGUUUAUGUUUAGACGAGUCUUACUGUUUGAGUCUCUUGCUGAUGUUUGAGCAGUUAUUAAAUAUGUAAUGUUAGGCUACUUAAGCGCACUACUUAGGUCACAUCCAGACAUGGCUGCCACUGUUUAGACUUUAUAUGAAUUUGUUUCUUUUAUAUAAGAAAACAUGGACAUUAAAACAAGUGAUUAAUCUGCAUGUAGAAAAAUGUGAUGUGAAGAGAAAACGUAAUUUACAUUUAUGCAUUUGGCAGACACUUUUAUCCAAAGCAACUUUCACUACGUUCAAGCGACAUAUUCUGUUAGUUCCCUGGGAAUCGAACCCGUGAUCCUGCCGUUGCGAACGUUUCAUAUGGAGAUUCUUAUGUGCCAGAGGAAUAUUUGAGCAUGAGAAACGGUUUAUGACCCUUCUGGUUUGGACCAAAGUAGUUUCAAAUAAAGCAGAACUGAAGUAGUGAUGUGAAUGUUUCCAAUGUGAGAAGUGUGUAAGAGGAUCUUUGAUCAAUAUUAAUGAAGCUCAUCUGAUGUUUUAAAGCACGAGUGCCACGAAGCGACAGAUGAACCGCGUCUCAUGAUGAGAGUCUGUGCCUUCAACACGUUUACCUGCUUUUAAUCCUGUAAAGAUCUACACAUCUGCCGGCUCUACUGAGGAACGCUUGUGACUGCCAGUAUUUCGCUAAAUGUUAGUCAUAGUUUCUCCGUGUUGAAGUUGCUGUAUGUGACGCUUCUUAAAGGCCUGAGGAUGAAAUAAAUGUGGCUUCUGUGUAAA